GGCAGAAGGCGGGAAGGCCGGCCGGAGAGAGGCGGAGCGGGAGAGCCGCCCGCCGCCCCCUCCUCCGCCUCCUCCCGGGCGAGCGGCGGAGAGAGGAGCGAGACGGAGCGCGGCGUGCGGCGCCGGAGCAAUGGCCGCGUUCCUCGGCGGUGGAGGCGGCGGGGUCUCGUGGCCGCGCUCGCCGCCCGGCUCGGCGCUGGGCUGGGAGGCGCUGCCCGGGCUGCAGAUCCGCUCGCGCUCCGUGGAGCAGACGCUGGUGCCGCUGGUGGCGCAGAUAACUACUCUCAUUAACCAUAAGGAUAAACCAAAGCGGUCAGACAAGACUCUGAAAGCGAUCCAGCAAGUGGGCCAAGCUGUAAACUUGGCUGUUGGGAGAUUUGUCACAGUGGGCGAAGCAAUUGCCAAUGAAAACCAAGAGCUGAAGGAGGAAAUGAGCAUCGCCUGCAUCGAAGCAAAGAGAGCAGGUGAGACGAUUGCCCAGCUUACAGAUGUAGCAGCCUUGGAUCAUCCAGAAUCUGAUGGCCAGAUAACCAUUUUUACGGACAAAACCGGAGUAGUAAAAGCUGCCCGACUGCUGCUUUCUUCAGUGACUAAAGUAUUGGUACUGGCUGACCGAAUAGUGAUUAAGCAGAUUAUAACUUCUAGAAACAAGGUACUUGUAACAAUGGAACAGCUAGAGAAAGUGAGUACAUUUCAGGAAUUUGUGCAAAUCUUCAGUCAGUUUGGAAACGAAAUGGUGGAAUUUGCCCAUCUAACUGGAGAUAGACAAAAUGAUCUCAAGGAUGAAAAGAAAAAGGCUAAAAUGGCAGCCGCUCGCGCUAUUCUUGAGAAAUGCACCAUGAUGCUUCUCACAGCUUCCAAGACCUGUCUGAGGCACCCUGACUGUGAAUCCGCCCGUGUCAACAAAGGAGCAGUCUUUCACAGAAUGAGACUCGCCUUGGAGCAGGUAAUAGAGAUCGUAACAGACUCCCGUCCCGGCGGAGAGCACGAACCAGGCCCUGUGAGCAUCUAUACUGGCAUCAAGGAGUUCAAGAAUAAAGUGGAAGGCCUUCGAGACAACCUUUAUCUCCUGUCAAAAGAGAGUCUUCGAGCCAUGCUGCGUGUUGUGCUUGAGCAUACGGAGGACUUCACUGACUCUGCGUACACCAGCCAUGAGCACCGAGAACGCAUCUUGGAGCUGUCCAAGCAAGCCAAGAUGGAACUGGAACAGCUGCUGUCCGCGUGGAUGUGUGCUCAAAGUCUGAAGAAAAGGGACGUCACAGAGGAAAUGGAAGUAGCCCUGUUAAAAACAUGUCAGUGCAUGAAUGAGCUUCAGAGAGAACUCCACAGUGCAGCCACAUCCGUUGCCACAGACCUGCUAAAAUAUCAUUCAGAUCACUUGGUCUUGAAAGCGCUGAAAACCUCCGGAGUGGAAGGAAACAUAGAAGCCGCCGCAGAACACAGCUGUAAGCUCUCUGAGCAGAAAGAACAGUUGCUUGAAAUAUGCCGUUUAUUGAGACACGUCUCUGGAACGGAGCCGCUUGAAAUCACUUGCCUACAUGCGGAAGACACUUUUCAGGUGACUGGGCCCCAGAUAAUUUCUGCGGCAGAAACCCUGACGCUGCAUCCUUCCAGUAAGAUUGCAAAAGAGAAUCUGGAUGUCUUCUGUGAGGCUUGGGAGUCCCAGCUGAGCGACAUGUCCCUGUUGUUAAGAGAAAUCAGUGAUGUGUUUGAAGGAAGACGAGGAGAGAAGCGUGCAUACCUGUCUCUGCCCAGACCAGGGAAGCAUAAUGCAAAUUUGAAGGCCUUAAAGCCAGUACGAUUUGAUGGUGAGGAACAAGCAAAACUUGGGAAAUCAGGCUUUGAAUUGCAUAAGUUGACCUUGCGUGUUGACUCGGAGAUGGAGAAAUGGGAUGACCCAGAAAAUGAAAUUGUGCGGCAUGGACAGUGCUUAUCCAGCAUGGCAUAUUCCAUGUACUUAUUUACAAGAGGGGAAGGGCUUCUCAAAACUACUCAGGAUUUAUUUCAACAAGCAGAGGCCUUUGCGACUGAAGGAUCAAAGCUUGUUUCAGCACUCCUCGCAUUUUCCAACCAGUUAGAGGAUGACGACAAACCGUUGCUUCUGCAGGAGAUCGAGAAAAUGGUCCCUGCAUAUCAGCAGCUUCAGGUAACAGCUAAAGCCCACGUGCAGGGGAAAUCAUCUGCCAUUUUUAUGAAGGUGGAUACCUGCAUUCAAAAAGCCAAGCAUGUCCUGAAUCUACUGGCCCAAGUACUCUCCCUAAGCUGCAAGCUGCUGAGAAAACACAGGGCAGGAAACGGCUACCUUAGAGGGCACCGUCCUUGGAGAGAAAAUGGCCUCCACGCCGUUGCGAAAGACAGCAGCAGCCCGGCCGGGAGAAGCGACUCCUUUGGAAUCAAGUCCUUGGAGCAACACGUAGCGAACCUCACAUUUCUGGAGAACCAACAAUACUAAGGCCUUGAUUGGGAAACGGAGAUUUCCAUAUGGGAGUUGUGCACUAAGCCCCUCCUAAUUGCUUUCUUUUGAAAGGUGAACCCGGGUUAGAAAAAAAGCUCUUGUAACCUUUUCACAUCUAAUAGAUGUCACGGUACUUUGCGGUUAACAAAAGCAAUAGUCAGCUUUAAUGGCUGCAUAUUUUUGUAAGGGGGAUACAUUUCUUUGUUCAGUUAUUAAUACUGCUAUUUUUGUAAUCAUGUACAUUUGUGAAUGUCUUGUUCUUCUGCCCCAAAGAUGCUGCUACGGAUGCUCAUGCACAGGAGUGGGAUAGUCUUGGCUAUACUACAUGGCAGGGCUGUUUUUCUGGGGAAAGAGGUGGUGGAACUCAGUGGGUUGCCCUCAGAGAAAAUGGUCACAUGGCCGGUGGCCAGUGGAGGGCAAUCUCAACUCCCCUCUGUCUGGAGAUCGGGGGCGGGGCCACCGGCCAUGUGACCAUUUUCAAGAGGUUCCAGAACUCCGUUCCACCGUGUUCCAGCUGAAAAAAAGCCCUGCUACAUGGAAAGCUACUGGUAUUUUGUUGUCGAGUGUGAUUCUAGGCCCCCACACCUACCUAAUUUUUCUUGAAGGCUGCUUUAAAAAAGGGAGUAAUAGGGAAGGGCAAGUCUCGCCCCCUUCUUCAUAAGAGUGGCAUGCCAACACGUUCUGUUGCCACCUGUAGGUGGACAGCUAGGGAGGAGUCAGACGAUACCUCUUAAGAGCUGGAUUUGGGCAAGGGGCUUCUCACUGCCGCCCCUUCUUCAGGAUCCGUUAACUGAUUACAAGAAAGCUUUAAUGAGAGCCUUGUUGGAUGCCUCCCCUUUUAGAAAUACAUUUGCCAACUACUUUAAGCUAAAAUGAAAAACAUUAGUAGCGUAGAUGAAGCCUGUUACGAUGAACAGCUUAUUUUAUUCUUUUUUUUUUAAUAUUAUGCACACUUUUAUACGAGUAGAAUUUUUACGGGAUGAUCCACGCAAGCUGAUUCAGAAGGAAGUCUAAGUGGGGUCAGCAUGCUUAGGAUUGCAGCCUUAAAAAUUGUGGCAUCACAAGGUUCAAAGGCAGUUUUUCCUAUUUAAAGUUUGUAAUUCCAUUUUGAACAGUUUGUAGUAGUUCGAAGCCAGUUGCUACAAAGAGGGCAUUACUUGAUUCGUAGAUGCUAAAAAUACUUCAAGCUUGUUUCAAAUGGGUACUUGCUGUACUAAUUGAAAUGUCAUUCAGCUCAUGUGCACAGGUCCUGAAUUUCACUGUUACAGUCCUAGCAUCUUAACAAUUUGGAGAACUGUAAGCAGACAACUCUUAGAAAUUUGAUGGCAAUAGUAAAGUGCCUGCAUGGUUCUGAAGCCCACCUUAUGACACACAUGAUUUUGAGCUGUAGCAAAAAUCUUGUUUGCCUCCGAGAUGCAUAAUGGGCACUAUUUGGAAGUGGGGGAGGGGGAGUGGCAGGCGGGCACUUAACCAUUCUCUCCACUUGCUAUAAAAGACUAGUCUGCCCAUUUAAGUGAAGGGCAGCCAUUGGGGUUAUAGUUAAACACAUCUCCUUGUUCAACGUUUCCCCUUCCCCAUGUCUCCCCGUAGCUUUUCAUCUGAGGCCAACACACAAUUGAAAAUCAUGGGUUGGGUCCAUCAGAGAAUUUCCCCCCCUUUGGCUCCCCCUGUUCAUAGCGGGGGGAGGGGGGGCAGUAUCCCAUUUCCACCAGAAACAAUAUUUCAGGGGGCAUUUGUGGCUGCAGUAAAACAGAAGAGACAUGGUGAUACGUUCUGUUGGUGGAAGAUUUCUGUGGAUAGAAAUUGCUGCUGGAUCCAAGCCCCACUGUUUCGCCCGUGAAUGUCUGGUUCUCCCGAUGGAUCCAGCGUGGCUGGAGCUGGGUGUAUGCUUUAGCCAUUUAAUGUCUUCAUGGUAACGAAAUUGCCAUGGUAGUUCAUUUUUAGUUUUCACUUAAUAAAGAAUGAACACACUGUACUAAUGAAAUAUGGAUCUUUUUAAAAGCCUUUAUUGACAUUAAAAUCUUUUAAUGUUUAAAAGGAGCAGGAUAGUAUUUCAGCACUGGCCGUGUACUUUCGUGCAGUACAUAAGGGCACGAUCAAGCUACAGUUUAGGGUUUGGACAUCGGAUUAACAUUUGAUGGUGGUGUUCAAUCCUGCGCAUGCUUACUUAAAAGCUUACCCCCCCCUCCCCCUUAUGUUUUUAGGACUGCGGCCUUAAACAUGAGCUUGACAUUCAGUAAAUGGUUCAGUUUGCUCUGUCUGGUGAAAAUGAGAAGCUUUUCAAUCUUGUUGUGAUAAUAAAUUGAAGAAUUCCUUAUUCAGUCGCUGUUGUCCGCAAAAGUCACUUUGUCUUGGGAUAUACUGGAAGCUGCCCUAAGCAUUUCAACUAUCAAAUAUUUAGUUCUCAUUGUAUGUAUUUUCUGCUGUUUGUAGAAGUAGUUCAUCACAGUGUACAAUUAAAACGUUUUGACAAAACCUCUUCAUACUCU